UGUGGAUCGCCAGUUUUACUGUGGGUGUGUCCCAGUUACACUAGUAACAAUUUGGGAUUACACUAUGUCUUUCUCAGAGACGUGCAGACGCAAGUACUUUUGGGGUUUGAUUCCGGUCCGGGAUUCGAACUCACACUCUCAGAGUCAGGCAUUUAAUCGACAGCACACCACGUAAGCGAUCUAACCCACUCAGCUAGCACGCUUAAGCAAAGACAAAGUCUAACUGGUUGUCAAGAUAACUUACUUUGUGUACCCCUACGGCAAGUGUUGCAAAUUAACACGUGACAAAGUACUUGACCUAUAACACCAGUAAUUUCGGCGUGUAAUUGAAGGGUUAAACAACAUCAAAUGCAUUUUUAACUCAACGGUCAUGCAAGGUGUCCAUUACAUGCUGCUUGUUUCUCGUCAAAUACUUCCUCAACUUUGUUCAGGAAGGCAAUGUGAAAACAUCAUCAACCAGUGUGCACUGGCACCAUGCUUGAACGGCGGGACAUGUGACGGAAACGAAACAGCCUUCAACUGCACAUGCUCUGUAGAGUGGACUGGAGGGACCUGCGCAGAGAAGGUGAAUUUCUGUGACAGCGUCCCCUGUAACAGAGGAAACUGUACACCGGACUUCCUGACGGCAACUCGGUUCAAGUGUAACUGUGAAUUUGCGUGGGUAGGAGAAAGAUGCAGUCAUGCUGUUGAUAUAUUCAACAUCACGCUCCUGGGUGAGAUUGGUCAUACAAAUAGAGGUGACCUGGCUGAUGGCUUGGACAGACUCAUGACCGAACUCGGCGGAAUUCCAGGAAAGGUGGAUGUCAAGUUUACAACAAACGCACAGAAAGAAAGCAAGUAA